AUGGCUGAAUCUGCCACUCGACCCAUUGAACCUACCAAUCCGGUAGUCUUCUUUGACAUUGCCCUCGCCGGUGAGGCUCUUGGACGGGUCAAAAUGGAGCUCUUCGCCCAUGCUACUCCAAAGACGGCAGAGAACUUUCGGCAAUUCUGCACUGGCGAGAGCAAAAACUCCAAAGGGCAGCCCCAGGGCUACAAGGGUAGCAAAUUCCACCGGGUGAUCAAAGAUUUCAUGAUUCAAGGCGGCGAUUUCGUCAAUGGUGACGGCAGCGGGAGCUGCACCAUUUACGGCACGCCCAAGUUUGCAGACGAGAGUUUUGCGCUGCCACACGAUCGUCCAGGGCUUCUGAGUAUGGCGGCUCCUCAAUCCAGGACUCUGUCUUUCUUCUCCUUCGUUCUCUUCGUCUGCUAUUCGGAGUGUCCUACUAAACUGCUCAACCAGAAUUCGGGCCCAAACACCAAUGGUUGUCAGUUCUUCAUUACGACCACCGCGACACCUUUUUUGAACAACAAACACGUUGUAUUCGGUCAAGUCAUUGAUGGCAUGGAUGUAGUUCGCAUGAUCGAGCAUACUCGGACCACUCGAGAUAAGCCGAACCAGGAUGUAACGAUUGUGCAGUGCGGAGAGAUGUAA